UCCCCCUUUUUCUAUAUAUCUCUCACUAUCUCUCUCCCUCCCUUUUUCCUUGUCCCCUAAUCUACAUUUUUCUCAUUUCUCACUUGGUUCUAAAUUAAUUAGUUAAACCCCUACAUUUCUAACACAUAUAUUCAAUCCACUUCCUUUUAUUAGAAGAAUUCAAGUAUUGCAUCUUAGAAGAAACCGCAUUCGAACUAUAAAUUAAGUUUGAAAGCAACAUCAAUUUCCUGUUGUGCAAUGGCGCCAAAGAUGGGAAAAACAAAAUCUCACAAAACUAAGGGAGAGAAAAAGAAAAAAGAAGAGAAAGUUUUGCCAACAGUUAUUGAAAUUACUGUAGAAACACCAGAAGGCUCGCGAGUUACCCUUAAGAGCAUCUCUACAGACACGAUCCUUGAUUUGAGAAAGCUUUUAUCGGUACAUGUUGAGACUUGUCACUUCACUAACUUCUCCCUAUCUCACGAGGUGCGAGGUGAGAGGUUAAAAGACAUCGUGGAAAUCGUGUCACUGAAACCAUGUUAUCUCUCAAUCGUGCAAGAGGAAUAUACGGAAGAGUUGGCCGUUGCGCAUAUUCGACGACUUUUGGACAUAACAGCAUGCACCACGGUUUUCGGGAAAUCCGACACAAAAGAACCGGCUUGUUCGGUUCAGAGCGAAAUAAAAAAUGGGUCGGAAAAAAACCCGAAAACCAAACCCGAUGAUCAUAAUUUGGACUCGGGUGAUGUCUCCAUGUGUCCACCACCUAGACUUGGACACUUCUAUCACUUCUUUUCCUUUUCGAACCUUACGCCUCCGUUUCAAUACAUACGAAGAUCAAACCGUCCAUUCCUUGAGGAUAAGACAGAGGAUGAUUUCUUUCAGAUUGAUGUUCGAGUUUGCAGUGGAAAACCAACUAGAAUUAUUGCCUCCCGGAAAGGAUUUUAUCCUGCCGGAAAACAUAUUCUUGUGAGCCAUGCAUUGGUGGCUCUCUUACAACAGAUAAGCAGAGUGUUCGAAGCUGCCUAUAGAGCUCUUAUGAAGGCCUUUACAGAACAUAAUAAGUUUGGCAAUCUUCCUUAUGGUUUUCGUGCAAACACAUGGCUUGUCCCUCCAAUUGUUUCCAACAAUCCAUCAUUGUUUCCUUCACUACCUAUGGAAGAUGAAACUUGGGGAGGAAAUGGAGGUGGUCAAGGAAGAGAUUCUAAACAUGAAAAGAGACAAUGGGCCAAAGAUUUUGCAAUUCUAGCUACAAUGCCUUGUCAAAAUUCUGAAGAGAGACAAAUUCGAGAUAGGAAAGCUUUUCUACUUCAUAGUUUAUUUGUAGAUGUAUCAGUCUUCAAAGCAGUUUCUGCAAUAAAGCAUUUCAAAGAUAGAAAAGAAGGUUGUUUUAGUUAUGAAGAAAGAAGUGGUGAUUUAAUUAUUAAGGUGAUAAGAGAUGUAUCUGAUGCAAGUGUUAAGUUGGAUUGCAAAAAUGAUGGGACUUUGGUUCUUGGUUUAUCAGAGGAAGAACUUGCUCAGAGAAACUUGCUUAAAGGCAUAACUGCUGAUGAGAGUGUAGCUGUUCAUGACACGCCUACUUUAGGUGCAGUAGUUAUACGACAUUGUGGCUACACAGCUGUGGUAAAGGUUUCACCUAAGAUAGAUUGGGAGGGGAGUCUUGAUUCCUAUGAAAUCGAUAUCGAAGAUCAGCCUGAAGGAGGUGCAAAUGCAUUAAAUGUUAACAGCUUGAGGAUGGUACUCCAUAACUCAAUCACUCCUCAAUCAUCUAAUGCAAUCCAACAAAUCCAGAGCACAAAUAUUGAGAAUUGUCAUUCUGCUCAGUCUUUGGUAAAGAAAGUUCUUGAGGAAAGUUUUCUAAAAUUGAAGGAUGAGGCCACUAGACAUAGGAAGUUUAUCAGAUGGGAGCUUGGGGCAUGUUGGGUACAACAUUUGCAAAAUCAAGAGCCGAAAAAGGCUGAAGAAGAUAAACUUGAACCAUAUGUAAAAGGUCUUGGCAAGCAUGGUGGAUUGCUGAAGAAGAAAAAGAUUGACAUUGUGAGCUUGAAAGUCGAACAGGAGAAGGAUAAUGACUUAAACAAACAUGAUGCUACUCAACAGGAAUUAGAUAGACAAUGUGAAGAAAUGGAAACUAUAUGGAGAAAACUGCUUCCUGAUGCUGCAUAUUCACGCCUUAAAGAAUCUAAAACAGAUUUUCAUCUCAAGUCACCUGAUGAAUUGAUGGAGAUGGCACAUAAAUAUUAUGAUGAUAUUGCACUUCCAAAGCUGGUGGCAGAUUUUGGAUCUCUUGAACUUUCACCAGUUGAUGGAAGAACAUUGACUGAUUUCCUGCACACUAGGGGCUUGCAGAUGUCUUCUUUAGGAAGAGUGGUUGAACUUUCUGAUAAACUUCCUCAUGUGCAAUCACUUUGUAUACAUGAGAUGGUUGUUCGAGCCUACAAGCACAUUUUGCAAGCUGUUGUUGCAGCCGUUGAUAAUGAUUCAGAAUUGGCUUCAUCUAUAGCAUCUUGCUUAAAUAUAUUGUUGGGAGUGCCAUCAUCUGAAACUAAUGAUGAUGAUGAUACUACUAGUUGUGAUAAACUAAAAUGGAAAUGGGUAGAAGUCUUCCUCUUGAAGAGGUUUGGAUGGAAAUGGAAGUGUGAAAAUAGUAAAGAUUUAAGAAAAUUUUCCAUUCUUCGUGGACUGUGCCAUAAGGUUGGACUUGAGCUGAUUCCAAGGGACUAUGAUAUGAAUACAACAUAUCCUUUUAGAAAGUCAGAUAUUGUAAGCAUGGUCCCCAUAUACAAGCAUGUUGCUUGCUCAUCUGCUGAUGGUCGAACACUGUUGGAAUUGUCAAAGACUUCCUUGGAUAAAGGUAAAUUGGAGGAUUCUGUCAACUAUGGCACAAAGGCACUUUCAAAGUUAGUAUCAGUUUGUGGACCUUACCAUAGAAUGACAGCAGGAGCUUAUAGUCUCUUGGCUGUUGUGCUAUACCAUACUGGUGAUUUCAAUCAGGCCACUAUCUAUCAACAAAAAGCAUUAGAUAUUAAUGAAAGAGAGCUUGGAUUGGACCAUCCUGAUACCAUGAAAAGUUAUGGUGAUCUUGCUGUUUUCUAUUAUAGACUCCAACAUACAGAGUUGGCUUUAAAGUACGUUAAUCGUGCAUUGUAUCUUUUGCACUUAACUUGUGGACCUUCACAUCCAAACACUGCUGCCACCUACAUCAACGUAGCAAUGAUGGAAGAAGGAUUAGGGAAUGUUCAUGUUGCCCUGAGAUAUCUUCAUGAGGCUUUGAAAUGUAACAAAAGAUUACUUGGAGCUGAUCAUAUACAGACGGCUGCCAGCUAUCAUGCAAUAGCCAUUGCUCUUUCUUUGAUGGAAGCAUACUCUCUAAGUGUUCAACAUGAACAAACCACCCUCCAAAUAUUGCAGGCCAAACUUGGUUCUGAUGAUCUAAGGACUCAGGAUGCACUUGCUUGGCUUGAAUAUUUUGAGUCAAAGGCUCUCGAACAACAGGAGGCUGCACGGAACGGUACACCUAAGCCAGAUGCCUCAAUCUCUAGCAAGGGUCAUUUAAGCGUGUCAGACCUCUUGGAUUAUAUAACACCAAAUGCUGAUUUGAAAACAAGAGAAGCACAAAAGAAGGCUCAUGCCAAGUUAAAUGGAAAAUCAGGCCAAAAUUGGGAUGCAGCUUCAUAUGAAAAUCACAAGGAGGAAGACAUGUCUCAAGAUUUUUCAAUUACAGAAACUUCAAGUGAUAAAGAAAACAAAUCUGAGGUUGAAUUUCAAGAACAAAUGAUUGAUAAAGCUGAGUCCACCAACUUACACCAAACAACACUAAAUGAAAGUAAUAAACUGGAACAGGAUGACAACUCAGUUGAAGGAUGGCAGGAGGCUGUUCCGAAAGGUCGUUCACUCGUCGGUCGAAAGUCAUCUUCAUCAAAGAGACCUACCCUAGAAAAAUUGAAUACUAACUUCAUCAAUGUUUCCCAAUCAUCAAGAUAUCGAAGAAAGCCCACAAACAUUUCUUCUCCAAGAUCAAAUUUCAAUGAGACUAUGAAAGGGCCUUCCCUUCCUGUUCAAAAAAAGUUUGUCAAGAGCUCAAGCUUCAGUCCUAAGCUGAAUAGCUCUAACACCCCAGCUGCUGGAGUUGAGAAGUUAGAAGACUCAAAGUCAGCUCCAGUCAGUCCAGCUCCAAGUGGUCCUGUUAGUAGGGGCAUCAGUUUUCAGUCUACAAGUAAACUAUUUUCUUACAAAGAAGUUGCCUUAGCCCCACCUGGAACAAUUGUCAAGGCUGUGGCUGAACAGCCACUGAAAGAACAUCCCAUUGUUGAACAAAAUUCCAACACAAGCCCCAUGAUAAUUGCAACAAAAGAGAUUCAUAGUAAUGUGACAACCCCAAUUCAUGAAAAACAGCAAGAAUCUUCCCAUAGAGAAAACAAAGUAAAGGAAGUUGUUGUAGUGACAGAAACAUUAAAAAGUAAUGUUGAAGUAGAAAACAAGGAUGUUGUGAUAGAAAAGAAAGUUGAAGUUGGAAACAUCACAACCAUGGAGGUUGAGAAAUCUGAUUGUUUAAACUCCAAUGGUACAUCAGAGUUAGAAACAUUCCACAAUGUAAAUCCCUUGACCAUUUUAAUUGAAAAUAAAAUACAGUUACAUGAUUGCAAUGACGACUCAACAUCAAAAGAAGGAGAAAAUCCACAACCAUCUGAAGAAGAAAAGCAAGAUGAAAUAGAAAUUGGAAAGGAACCAAUCAAGAAACUUUCAGCAGCUGCACCACCAUUUAAUCCAUCCACAGUUCCAGUUUUUGGUUCUGUUCCAGUUCCAGUUCCAGUUCCAAGUUUCAAUGAUCAUGUUGGUAUUUUGCCUCCACCAGUAAACAUUUCUCCUUUGCUUGCAGUCAUCAAUCCACGAAGAUCUCUUCAUCAAUCAGCAACAGCUAGAGUUCCAUAUGGUCCACGUAUUUCUGGUGGCUAUAAUAAUAGAUAUGGUAAUCGCAUUCCACGAAAUAAAACUGUAUUUCACUCCACUGAUUCCAACCUUCCUACAAUAAUGAAUCCACAUGCCACAGAGUUUGUACCUUCACAAACUUGGGUUCCUAAUGGCUAUCCUACUACUUUCCCUCCACUCUCUCCCAAUGCUAUUCUUGAUUCACUAAAUGACACCCCAGUGAAUCAAAAUGAAACAUUUCUUGAUGAGCAAGUUACAGAAUUUAGCUGUGAAAAGAAGCCAAUUGAGCAAAAUCCUGAACAAGACCCAUCUGCCAACAAUGAAAAUAGUUUUCCUAAACUACAAGAACAGGAUACAGACCUUAGCCACAAAAUUGAUUCUAGUCCAGUGGAUGAAGUAGCCAACGACGACACAGUAGAUGAGGGAAAGCCAAGCAAAUGCUGGGGAGAUUACAGUGACAAUGAAGCUGAUACAACUGAGGUUAUAGGUUAAGGAAUGUUAAAGCUUUUCUUGGUCAUAAAGAAAAAUAAUUUGUCACAAAGGUUAUACCUAUCAAGAUAACAAAAUGUGAUGCAACAAAUUGAAUUGACUGAACUGAGGAAUUUUCAUGAUAGAAUUACUAAUAAUGGCAUGUCAAAGUCUCAACCAUCUUGGUAAAUACUUCUCUAUAUUGAUUAAGGGAGUUCAAGUUUAUGGCCUACUUUUAAGAAUGUCACAUGAACAUGGAAGACUUUGUGUGUUGUAAUUUAGCAAAGUGUCUUAAAUUGUUUAGAUUUGAUAUAUUUUUUACAUGUUAAAAUUUGAGUUUUAUCUGUAAUUUUAUGAUACUCUGACAACUAAUGACUAAGUUUCCCAAAAAUAAUGUCU